AUAGGGUUCCAGAUCAGGACUCGGGUGCAAGAACUUGGCCACGGCUGUAUCUUUCUUGUGCAAAAAGCUGGAGCUCUCCAGAUUUGCCCUACAGACAGCUACACGAAAAGGGAGUUGAUAGAAUGUGCUCGUGCUGUCACGGAAAAGGUCUCCUUAGUUUUAUCUGCCCUUCAAGCAGGAAACAAAGGCACGCAAGCCUGUAUUACUGCAGCUAGUGCCGUGUCUGGCAUAAUUGCAGAUCUAGACACCACUAUCAUGUUUGCUACUGCUGGAACCCUUAAUGCCGAGAACAACGAAUCGUUUGCAGACCACAGGGAAAAUAUCCUGAAAACAGCAAAAGCUUUAGUUGAAGAUACAAAAUUGUUGGUUUCUGGUGCUGCCUCGAGUCAGGACAAACUGGCCCAAGCAGCUCAGUCAUCAGCUAACACCAUCACUCAACUUGCUGAGGUAGUAAAAUUGGGAGCGGCUAGCUUGGGAUCCGAUGAUCCCGAAACACAGGUUGUCCUGAUCAAUGCUAUCAAGGAUGUUGCAAAGGCCCUUUCUGAUCUCAUUGGUGCUACCAAAGGAGCUGCCAGCAAACCAGCAGAUGAUCCAUCCAUGUACCAGCUGAAAGGUGCUGCCAAGGUGAUGGUAACAAAUGUCACAUCGCUUUUGAAGACCGUUAAAGCUGUAGAAGAUGAAGCUACUCGAGGGACAAGAGCUCUUGAGGCCACAAUUGAGUGCAUCAAACAGGAACUCACGGUGUUUCAGUCAAGUGAGGUUCCAGAAAAGACAUCAUCACCUGAAGAGUCAAUCCGGAUGACGAAAGGAAUCACCAUGGCGACUGCCAAAGCUGUUGCAGCUGGGAACUCAUGCCGACAGGAGGAUGUGAUUGCUACAGCAAAUCUGAGCCGCAAAGCAGUAGCUGACAUGCUAACAGCUUGUAAGCAAGCAUCAUAUCACCCCGAUGUGAGCGAAGACGUUCGAGAGAGAGCCCUGCGCUUUGGAACAGAAUGUACCCUAGGAUACUUGGAACUCCUGGAACAUGUUCUCCUGAUCCUUCAAAAACCAACUCCAGAACUAAAGCAUCAGUUGGCCUCUUUCUCCAAGCGGGUUGCUGGUGCUGUUACAGAGCUCAUCCAAUCAGCAGAAGCAAUGAAGGGGACAGAGUGGGUGGAUCCAGAAGACCCAACAGUCAUUGCAGAGACAGAGCUACUAGGGGCUGCAGCAUCAAUUGAGGCUGCAGCAAAGAAGUUAGAACAGCUGAAACCAAGAGCCAAGCCAAAGCAAGCAGAUGAGACUCUGGAUUUCGAAGAACAGAUCCUGGAAGCAGCUAAAUCCAUUGCAGCUGCUACCAGUGCCCUCGUGAAGUCAGCUUCAGCAGCCCAGAGAGAACUGGUGGCACAGGGAAAGGUUGGAGCAAUCCCCGCAAAUGCAGCUGAUGAUGGACAGUGGUCUCAGGGACUUAUUUCCGCUGCCCGAAUGGUGGCAGCUGCAACCAGCAAUCUCUGUGAAGCAGCUAAUGCCUCAGUACAAGGCCACGCUAGUGAAGAGAAGCUCAUCUCAUCUGCCAAACAAGUGGCAGCUUCUACUGCACAGUUGCUUGUGGCUUGCAAAGUGAAAGCUGAUCAUGACUCUGAAGCCAUGAGGAGGCUACAGGCUGCAGGAAAUGCUGUCAAGCGAGCAUCAGACAAUCUUGUCAGGGCGGCCCAAAAAGCAGCAUUUGGGAAAGCAGAUGAUGACGAUGUUGUGGUCAAAACAAAGUUUGUGGGUGGCAUUGCUCAGAUCAUCGCAGCCCAAGAAGAAAUGCUGAAGAAGGAAAGAGAGCUGGAAGAGGCAAGGAAAAAACUGGCUCAGAUCCGCCAACAGCAAUACAAGUUUCUACCCACAGAGCUAAGAGAAGAUGAGGGUUAA